AUGCGCCAUAUGGCCGCAAAAUCGACAACCACCAGGCUACCGAUGCACAGCUUGCAAAUCAACAGACCAGCCGAAAACAGCUUUGCUGCCAAAAAAACUCCCGUGGCCAAUAAAUUGGAAAGCGGCAUGGCUGCAAGCGGACCAGUUAAUGUGCGACCGUCGUUCCGGGCAAAGCUGAAAAGCACACGGGUUUCGCCAGAUAUCGAGCAGCUAGUGCAAAGAUUGGUUUUUGAUCAUCGACAACGAAGAGCAGCACAAGAGGCCCAACCACUUGGCAACAGCGUGGUUAUCGGAUUCAUCGGCCGAAGCAACGUAGGAAAGUCCUCUUUGCUCAAUGCGCUGAUUGGGAAACGCAGUGGAACAGCCGCUGGAGUCUCCCCGAUCCCUGGACAUACCAAGGCCAUUAAUAUUUAUCGUUGGAUAACUCCCCCAUCGGUCAGUGACAACACUGCUGGUCAACGAAUGCGGAAAGAUGGUUGCCACAGUGGUCACAAUCAACGUGGAGGUUCUUUGCAAGCGCAUGGUCGCUUAGAGAAGGAGAUUUUCCUGAUCGACAUGCCCGGUUAUGGAUAUGUAUCGCAAUCUUCCACGGCCAGAGAACGACUUGGGUCGCUGGCCAAGGCAUUUAUUGCGUCACCAGCCGUACCAUUGAGCCGUCUCUUCCUGCUAAUCGACUCACGACACGGUACAGAUUUUCUUUUCUAA